AUGUUCGGCGGCAAGAGAGCUCAACCAUCCAACAGCUUCUCCUCUCGAUAUGGGACAAGCAAAGCUACAAAGCCCCAAUCUUCCUUUCGAGAGCAAUCCGUCGUCCGGGGCCUUCAGCGCUCCGAGUCAAUGAGGUCGCAUAGAAGGGAACACAGCACUCAUACAAGCCCACCAGUUGGCAGUACCCUCACCUCCGCCAUCGUCACCAUCUGUGUCGGUCCCGAGCAGAGACUCUUUGCCGGUCACGAAGAAGUUCUCUCACGCUCCCCCUUCUUCGAGGCUGCCUGCAAGGGCCAGUUCUUUGAAUCCAACGCCCGAAGGAUCAAUCUGCCUGACGAACAGCCAGAGAUCCUGUCUGCUGUUCUCGAAUACCUUUACAGGGGAGACUACUAUCCUAAGCUGUUGCAUAACAAGAAAAAGGACACUUGGGAACUGGAAGACGAAGCCAAUGGCUCCAAUGUCACAAUAUACCAUCAUGCAGCCAAACAGACACUUAUGAGGGAUACGGUCAUCUACUGUUCGGCCGAACUCUACGGGCUUGAAGAGCUCAAACGCCUUGCUCUUCGCAAACAAGGUCUGCGACAAGGAAUGCAGAUCUCAACCAUCCUUGCCUCGGCACGCUAUGCCUACAGCCACACUCCUGACUCUGACUCGAAGCUUCGAGCCCAAUACCUCACCUUGAUCAUCCGCAGCCGCAACAACUUCAAGAAGAGCGGCACCAUGAAGGUCGAAAUGGAGCAAGGUGGUACCUUGUUCUUCGAUCUUUUCGUCGCUAUGUGUAAUCAUAUGGUAUGUCGCACGUGGUGA